AGGUUAAGGGCCAGAGACGUCAUCACCGCCCGCCCAAGAUGUCGGGGAUCCUGAGCACGACGUUGAGCGGCCUCAAUAGCGACUCGUAUUGCGAGAUCAGCGAUUAUCGGGACCAGCACUUCAAGGGGGACUGUUACCUACAAGAGAAAGCCCUGAAGUACUCCUGCACGCUUUAUGUGGGCAACCUGUCCUUCUACACCACAGAGGAGCAGAUCCAUGAACUCUUCUCUAAGUGUGGGGACGUCAAACGUAUAGUCAUGGGGCUGGACAAAGUGAAGAAAACCCCCUGUGGCUUCUGCUUUGUGGAAUACUACACAAGAGCAGAAGCGGAGCAUUCUAUGCGGUUCAUCAAUGGAACCCGACUGGACGACCGGAUCAUCCGAACAGACUGGGAUGCAGGGUUCAAGGAGGGGCGGCAGUUUGGCCGUGGAAGGACAGGGGGCCAGGUACGAGAUGAGUACCGGACAGACAACGAUGUGGGGAGAGGCGGCUUCGGCAAGUUUAUUCAGAUGCAGAAGACGAAUCAACAGACAGUGAUCUACUAAUAGCUUCUUAAGUUUAGGGGAGAGGUGGGAAACGGAGGAUAGUAGGAAGGCAGGGUUCUCCUUGGAUCGUUGGGUCAAAGAGAGCAAGAAGUUUGCCUGGCAGGGUUCUAUGCAACCUGGACUUCCAGGCCCCUUAUGCCCCAGUGACCUUUUGCGCUUGUCCUCGACCAUAUUGGGGCUAAUUUGGGUGGCCUGUUCUGCGAUCUUGUGCCUGUUUUCCCAGUUCUGACGCAGAGAUCAAAGGAAGCGUAUAAGUACUGUUGGAAUAAGAGAAUGUGGCAUUUGGGAGGGGGGUUGUUUGCUUCUCCUGUGUGGUCACUAGCCAAUGUAUUGGUGUUUGUUUGAUUUCAUUUUUUAUUUAAAAAAAUCUGAAUAAACUGUCCUUUUAACAUC